AUGCCAGCUAUCAGCAAGAUGAACAAGAAGGAACUGGCUCAGGAGAUCGAGGAACUCGGCGGCACCGCCAAUAUCGACCGCCGUCGUCUCGAGCUUCAGGUUCAGCUGAUGUCCCUUCGCGAGGAACACGGAGUGUCGAGCAGCAGCAAAGGGGCCCAGACCGACUACCAGAAGUGGACUGUGGCAAUGAACAAAGCGGGGCCCCGAAAGGCGGACCUGAUUCGCUUUAUGGAGCAGGAGCUGCAGCUGACGCCCCGGGGCAACGAUACCAUCGUCCAGCUUCAGAAGGCAGCCCUCCUCAAGAUCUACGACAUGUCCGGGGUUCACGAGACAGACCCUAUCGGAUUCGGCCAGUACAGCAGCCUGUCCUAUGCCGAGGUUGUGGAUGCACAUCCGGAAUAUGUCCGGUGGGUGCGAGUUACGGCGAAGGAGGGCCAAUGCAACCCUCUGAUGACGCGAUUCUACAACUGGCUGGAAGGCCGGGAGAUGAUCGACGAGAAGAAGAUCCAGCCGAAGACCAAGGUCGAGAUUCCGAAAGCUAUGAAGGUCGAGAGUCGAGGCUAUCCAAAACCCUCAGCCCCGUCAGUGGCGACCUCGUCGGCGAGCCAGGGGACAGUGAACUCCGAGAUGAUGCAGCAGUUGGUGGGAGUACUCCAGCACCUUCAGAAGGACGUGCAGGAGCUGAAGAACGAGCGCCGCGAGACCCGUGCUCGCAAGGAGACUCACACCGACGAGGAGAUGAUCCCCGAUCAACAGGACGGCAGCUUCGUGGCGGUGGAGGCCUCGGCGGAUGAAGCAGCUACGAAUGAGGUUCCAGAUUUGGGCACGGCCUCGAGUCCCGAAGCACACCCGGCCCUCCAAGCUCAAGCUCUCGAAGAUCCCGCCGAGGUCCUAGCCCGAGAACUCCAUAGGAAGAAAGACUACUCCCUCGAAGCGUGUGAGAAGUUGCUGCAAACCGUGGACCUCCAUAGGCCCUUCCUCAAGCCUCGAAAGAUUGUAGAAGGACCCAAGGCCCAGUACGGUACUUUCGGUUUGUAUAGUUACGGUUCGCAGUAUGGAGUUACCAAAAGAACGUCUCUUCAGCCCGAAGUGACCCUGUACAUGAACGCGUUCCUCAAAAACCAAUUGGGCCCCAAGGUGCAGUGGACUUCGUUUACCAUUAGCAAGAACAACAAGAUUCCUCUUCACAAGGAUGUGAACAAUCACGCGAAGUAUAACAACUUUUCAAUCGGAUUGGGUAAAUUCACCGGAGGCGAACUCUGGACGGAGGUACCCAAUCCCGAACGGACCGAAUGUCUGGAUCCUCAGGUACGCGAAGAUGGGACGACCCUCUAUGGACGGAAGCAGGCGCUACGAAGACGAUGGGUCGAGUUCGAUCCCAAGGCUUGGCACGGAACGUGCGAGUGGAGUGGGGAUCGAUGGGUUGUGACGGCUUUUGUGAGUAGAGGGAUUGAACACGAGGGAUGGACGCAGUAUUUCGGAAAUCCCAAGUGUUUGAGGGUUGAUCCUGCGGGGUAUUUUCGGAGUCAGACGGUGAGUGAUUUUUGUGAUCGGCAUCAGAUUUUCCACGAUGUGAUUCCCGGAGAGGCUCAUUGGCAAAUUGGGACCUGCGAGCAGGCCAUUCAGGGAGUGAAAGAAUCGUUGCAUAAGUUGGCCCAAGAAGAGCCCGAGACGGAUCCUGCGGAGCUUUUGUCAUGUGUGGUACGUGUGUUCAACCAAAGGGAGAUCAUACGAGGAUUCUCCCCUAUUCAACAUGCCUUUGGAAGAGCAGCAGACACGACUGGAAGAUUGAUCAACGAGGCUCACGGUCUCCCCGACGAGUUACAAGUAGAGAAUGCUGAUGGGGAGUUCGAGCGAAAUGUUCAAAGACAGAGUUCUGCAGAAAAGGCGUUUGCCGAGUGGCAAGCUCAUCAGCGAAUUCUUCGAGCGAGCCACUCGAGAGCUCGGCCCAGCCGGGACUACAUACCGGGAGAGCUAGUUUAUUUUUGGCGAACCCAAGAAUCUGGGAAACACAAGACGGCGCCGGGGACGCACAAAGGACGCUUUCUUGGACCCGCUCGGGUAUUGGCUACUGAGACCAGGAGAGACGAACAAGGACAGCUACGCCCUGGGAGCGCCAUAUGGUUGGUGAGGGGCAGGCAGCUGAUCAAGUGCGCGCCGGAACACCUGCGGCACGCAUCGCCUCGAGAGGAAUUGAUUGAGUCCCUCACCAGCAGUGAACAGAAGAUUCCGUGGACGUUUCAUCGAGUGGCUCAGGAGAUUGGCGGCAACCAAUAUGAAGACCUGAGCCAACAAGUUGCUCCCACUCCAGGAGAGUGGGCUAGAGCGCAGGACCCUGCACGGGAGGUACAACCGGUACGAUACCGAGUGAGCCACAAGCGACCGGCACCCGCUACGGGCGCCGCACCCACCGGAGAAACCGCUGAGGAUGAAGAGAUGCCUGAGACUCUGGAGGAGUCUCUUCCGCAAAGGCCCCGACUUAGCGAACCAGCCGCCUCCAGUUGGGAGGCUGGAGUUUGUUGGUGGAACGACAUACCGAACGAUGCGUGGAACCCGGGACAGCGAGCCUAUUGGACGGAUGAGAGUGCGGCAGUGGAAAUUGCCGUGGAACUUCCGGAGACCAAUCGUGGCCGUCAGAAGGCCACCAACAACUUUGAAGGUUUCUUCGCGAGCGCGCUCAAGAAAAGAGCGGUGGAGGUCUGCGAGCGAAAGUUAAGCCCUCAGGAGCAGGAGGAGUUCAGAAGUGCCAAGCUGAUUGAAGUGAAGAAUUUUAUUGCCUCCAAGGCCUUUCAGGCCUUGCCCCCAGAGCUUCAACCAUCCAAGGAACAAGCGAUUGGCAUGAGAUGGGUCUUGACAUGGAAGUAUAAAGAUACUGGAGAGCGGAAAGCCAAGGCAAGAGCAGUAUUUUUGGGCUAUCAAGACCCUGCUUAUGAACAUCGGCAGACUACGGCACCGGUUAUGACGAGGCAGUCACGACAAUUUCUUCUACAUGAGGCCGCAUGUCGCAAAUGGAAGGUCUUUAAGGGAGAUGUCUCUGGAGCUUUCUUGCAGGGUCGAGAGUACCCGGGAAACCUGCACUGCAUACCUUGCGAUGAGAUUUGCGAGGAGAUGAAAAUCCCAAAGGGCUCGGUAACGAAGUUGCGGCGAGCUUGCUACGGCUUGGUAGACGCUCCCUUGGAAUGGUAUCGUACAGUGAACGAAUUCUUGGAGUCCUUAGGACUUACGCGGAUGUGGGCAGAUGCCUGCAUGUGGGUCUGGCGCCCACAAGGCGUUCUUCGUGGCGUCAUAUCAGGUCACGUAGACGACUUCCUGUUUGCCGGUUCUGAAUCGGACACCGAGUGGCAGCAGAUCCUGAAAAGAAUCAAAGAGCGCUUUCAGUGGGGAGACUGGGAAUCCGGAACCUUCACUCAAUGUGGAGUCCAAAUUACCCAGUCCGAGGAAGGGUUUGAGUUGUCACAAGCCCGCUACGUAGAGGAGCACAUUGAAGAGAUCCCCAUUAGUGCCAAACGUCGCAAGGAGAAACAUUUACCUACUUCCGAUCGCGAGAAAUCUUCCUUGAGGGCCGCGCUUGGAGCUUUGAGCUGGCACGCCCAGCAAACGGCACCUCACCUAUCUGCUGAGGUGGGCCUCCUUCUGUCAGAGGUUAGCCAGAGCAGUGUGGACACCAUCCUAAGGACCAACUUGUUGGUGCAGAGUGCUAAGGCUCGAAAAGACUACUCGAUCAAGAUCAAGGCUUUUCAACCUGAGGAGCCCUUGUGCCUGUACGCCUGGGUGGAUGCAGGUAGCCAGAAUAGACCAGAUGGAGGGAGCACUCAAGGAAUUGUUGUGGGAUUGGGACCCUUGAACAUGCAGAAUGGAGAGUUAGGACAUGUGAAUUUGAUCAGUUGGCACAGCAACCGUAUCGACCGGGCCUGCCGGAGUCCGGGAGCCGCUGAAACCCAAGCGGCCGUGAAUGGCGAGGACUGUUUAUAUUUCGCCAGGUUUCAAAGAGGCGAGAUGUUACAGGGAGUUCCAGAUGUUCGAGCCCCCGAUGAGAUUGUUAGAAGCAUCCCUGGAUGUGUGGUGACUGACUCACGUAAUGUCUUUGAUCGCCUGAACUCCGAAGUGCUUGCUAUUAAGGGCGCCGAGAAGAGGACAAGUAUCGAAUUGAUAGCUUUGAAAGAAUCCCAACAACAAACAUCUGUUGUCAUGAGGUGGGUCCACUCGGAGGCCCAGCUGGCGAACUCAUUGACUAAGGCUGGUGGCUCUAAGGAACUUGAGCUCUUCUACAGGAUGAAUUUCCAGUGGAAGAUUGUGGAAGAUCCGGAGAUGAAGUCGGCAAGGCGACGCAAGGCCCAAGGACUCGAUCCCCUCGACCGAACCAGCUCAGAGUGCAACACCCAAGCAGCAGAGAUUCACUUCUCAACAGAAGCAUAUCGGAAGUAUGAUUUCGACGGUUUUUGA